GCAGGUACCGAGGUAGCUCUAGGUAGGUACCCACAUGCAGGCCGUCCUUAGCGCAUCUGGGGUCAAAACCAGGCGGGCUCCCUGCUGGCAGACUGCUGCAUACCUUAUGUACCUUACAUAAGUAUAGGUAUGUAGGUAUUUGCAACGAAAUGCAUCAGAGGUAGGUAAAGUGUAUUCCUUCCUCUUCAGCCUUGCAGGCGGUUUAACCAAGGCUGAACAAGGACACUUUACCUAUCGGGUAGAGUGGGGCAGCAUAAGUAGGUAGAGAGAUAGUGGCAUCAACCUCUCUAACCUUACGCAUAGGUAAGGAGAAUUAUACAUGAUGCAUGCCUCUACUCCCUAAGUACACAUACAGUAGGCAUAACAAUACAUCGACAGGCACUUCUCCAGAUCUGCCCAGAUUCGAGGCUCUAUCCGCGAGCCCAAGUCAAUCCUCGGCAACGCCAUCCCAGCGCUGAUCAUACAAUGCGCUGGUAGAGUUGAACGGACUUAAAAUGUCUUUCACCAACGCGCCAGUGACGCGCAGCCUUGUCUAUGGCCUUAUCGGCAUGUCCGUAGCCGCGAGCCUCUUGGAUAUCAAGCAUUAUUUCUACAUCCUCGUUGACUUGCACAUUUGGCGCUUCCACCAGACCUGGCGAGCCUUGAUCUACCAGCUCUGCUACACAAAUUCGUCCGAGGUAUUGUUCGCCGCCAUGAGCCUGUAUAAUCUAAGGUCCGUUGAGAGACUAUGGGGUUCGCGGAAGUAUGCUACCUUCAUCUUUGUUACAUUCCUUCUGACUGGUAUAUUGUCACCGAUUCUCCUAGCACUCUUCCUUCGACCUCUUAGUCUCGGCCUGGUCAAUUACCUCCCCGCUGGCCCGACACCCAUCAUUUUCGCGGCUCUUGCCCAAUACCAUGCCAUGAUACCUCAUCUCUAUAAAUAUAGAAUAGCCACUUCAAUGUCGCAGUCGCCAAACGAGCCAUUCCAAGGCAUUACAUUUUCGGACAAGUCCUACCGGUAUCUACUCGCGCUGCAGUUAGCGCUCUUCCAGUGGCCUGGUUCUAUUUUCGGCGCUAUUGUUGGGUGGAUUGUAGGCUAUGCAUGGCGGAUGGAGGUUCUUCCGAGGUCACUGAUGCGCUGGCGGAUCCCAGGUUGGAUUGUUGGUAUUCGAACACCCCGAAGAAGCCAGGAGUUCGAGGGCCUCAGGCGACGGCUCGAAGACGAGAGUGUGCCGACAGCGUCGACAACUGGAGUUGAUGGACAGUCAGGAAAUGAACGAAGGAGGACCAUGGGCCAGUAAGUUAUGUAUCAGUUCCAAGGCACAUUCUAAUUAGCGACAAUACAAAUAUUUGAACUCAACGCUAUUAUCAGGCUAUCCCUUUGUGCUGGUUCCAGUACAUGACAACUGCUGUACGAACUAUGAAACGUUCGCCACAUCUCUUAAAAUUCAACUGUGCGGCCGCUGUCAAACAUAUCAACUCUAUUCGGCACAAGGAAUCACGGAGUGGAAAUAAGCUGAUGCCAACAUCCACGUGGUCAGGCUGAAGGAGGCUUUGCUUGAACUGCCGAGACUAAAUAUAGCGAGGCCAGUGCGCAGCCUCAUGCUUCCCUAGGUAGUGAAACAGCAUGUAGAUAUUCUCAAACAUUGUCUCUAUCAAUCAUGAUAUACAUGUGUCUACUCAAAUCCUCCAUGUGCAUCGGUUUCCGGUGUGCAGGCUGCUUUGCGCAUGGGAAUACCUAGGUAGGUAGUGAAGAUACGGUGCUACAAA